GGAACAAACUUCAGCCCCAGAUGCCAAACGUCUGCGCGGAGCAGGAGCUGGCGAUCGUGGGGCACCGGCAGCCAUGCGUCCAGGCCUUCACCCGCACCGUCAAAGUGUGGAAGCAGGACUGCGGAGGACGGCGGUGGUGCACGGGCUACGAGCGGAGAACUGCGUAUUACACGGGCUACAGGCAGGUGUACAAGGCGAAAUACCAGACCGCGUACAGGUGUUGCCCAGGAUGGUCCCAGCUCGGGGGGGAUGCCGGCUGUCUCUACCACGUGAACGAGUGCGAGGUGGGGAACGGUGGCUGCGAGUCCCAGUGCUGCAACACCAUCGGCAGCUUCUACUGCAAGUGCGCGGCGGGGCUGCGGCUGCAGCAGGACGGGAAGGCGUGCGCAGAUGUUGAUGAGUGCCAGGUCCACAAUGGGGGCUGCCAGCACAGAUGUGUGAACACCCUUGGAUCUUAUUAUUGUGAAUGCAAGCCAGGCUUUCGCCUGCACACAGACGGCAGGACCUGCAUUGCUGUGAACACGUGUGCCCUAAACAACGGCGGCUGUGAACACGACUGCGUGCAGGUGACGCUGACGCAGCACCAGUGCCAGUGCCGGCACAAUUACCAGCUGCGGGAAGACGGCAAACGCUGCGUCUUGAGGAACCCCUGCGCCAACAGGAACGGGGGCUGCAUGCACCGGUGCCACAACCACCGUGGAACAGCCCGCUGCGAGUGCCACCCCGGCUACCGGCUGGCGCCUGACAAUAAGGCCUGUGAAGACGUGAAUGAAUGUCUGACUGGGCUAGCCAUGUGUGCACACCAGUGUCUCAACACUCGCGGCUCCUUUAAGUGUACCUGUAACCCGGGCUAUGAGCUGGGGGCAGACGGCAAGCAAUGCUACCGGAUAGAAAUGGAGAUAGUGAACAGCUGCGAAGCCAACAACGGUGGCUGUUCCCAUACAUGCCACCACACCAGCUCUGGCCCAGUCUGUACCUGUAACUUUGGCUAUCGGCUUGAAGAGGACCAGAAGACAUGCACUGAUAUCAAUGAAUGUGACAACGGUUCUCACUGUUGUCAGCAAGACUGUUACAAUUAUCCUGGAGGCUACGAGUGUGCCUGCUAUGCUGGAUACAGGCUCAGCACAGACGGCUGUGGCUGUGACGAUGUGGAUGAGUGCUCUUCAAAUAACGGUGGAUGUGACCACACGUGCCAGAACCAGCUAGGCUCUUUCCAGUGUGGCUGCGAGAUUGGAUACAAACUGGAUGACGACCGAAGGAGCUGCAUCUCUAUAGAGGACGCUGUGGAAGCUCUGGAUGGUCGGCGCCCCGUUAUCCGCCCGAUCCCUCAUGUUGCAAUCCUGCAAGAUGAAUUUACCCAGCUCUUUAAUGAUGAUUAUGAAGAAGAGGAGGAAGAGAUGGAAGCAAGAGGAGAGCACACACUUUCAGAAAAAUUUGUCUGCCUGGAGCACACGUUCGGCCCCGACUGCAGCCUGACCUGUGAGGACUGCCAAAACGGAGGGACGUGCAACACGGAGGAGACCGGCUGCGACUGUCCGGCAGGCUGGACCGGCGUCCUCUGUAACCAGACCUGCCCAGCCGGCACCUUCGGGAGGAACUGCAGCCUGACUUGCCGCUGCCAGAACGGUGGCACCUGCGACCCCGCCACGGGCGCCUGCCGCUGCCCGCCCGGGGUGGCCGGCGAGCUCUGCCAAGACGGGUGCCCUAAAGGAUUUUUUGGGAAACAAUGCAGGAAGAAGUGCAACUGUGCCAACCGGGGUCGUUGCCAUCGGAUUUACGGAGCCUGUCUGUGCGAUCCUGGCUUAUACGGACGGUACUGCCAUUUAGUUUGCCCAAAGUGGGCGUUUGGCCCCGGGUGCUCCGAAGAGUGCCGCUGUGUGCAGCAGAACACGCAGGACUGCGACAAGAGGGAUGGCUCCUGCCGAUGCAAACCCGGCUACCGCGGCAAGCGCUGUGAGAUGAGCUGUGACCCUGGCUAUUACGGGGAUGGCUGCAAGGAGGAAUGUAGCUGCUCUCCAGAAGUGUCUUGUGACCAUGUCACUGGAGAGUGCCGGAAAGAGUGUCCCCAAGGCUACCAUGGGGAGAACUGCGAUCAAGAGUGUCCGGAGGGGAAGUUCGGGGCGGGCUGCCGGCGGUCCUGCUCCUGCGCGGGAGCACCCUGCGACCGGACCACGGGGCAGUGCCUCUGCCCGCCGGGCUGGACGGGACACGACUGCGGCCAAGCCUGCCCUGAGGGUCGCUGGGGACUGGGCUGCCAGGAGAUAUGUCCGGAGUGUGCGAACAACGCCAGCUGCGAUCCCGCCACGGGAGCCUGCCUGUGCCCACCCGGCUACACCGGCCGGCGCUGCCAGGACGUGUGUCCGCCUGGCUGGUUUGGCCCAGACUGCCAGCUGAGCUGCAGCUGUGGGAACGACGGGCAUUGCCAUCCUGUGACGGGGACGUGCAGCUGUGCACCUGGCUGGACGGGGUAUAACUGUCAGAGAGCCUGCGAUGCAGGUCGCUGGGGCCCCGACUGUGCUCACGCCUGCAACUGCAGCAACAGCGAUGGGAGCUGCAGCGCGGUGACAGGGCAGUGCGUCUGCGAAGCUGGCUACACAGGCGGCCGCUGCGAAAAGAAGUGCCCGGAAGGAUGGUUUGGGCUGAGCUGUCGGCACCAGUGUCAGUGUGACAACGGGGCUGCCUGUGACCACGUCAGCGGAGCCUGUACUUGCAGCCCGGGCUGGCGAGGAACCUUCUGUGAGCACGCCUGUCCUGAUGGAUUCUACGGACUGGAGUGCCGGGAAGCCUGUGACUGUCUGAACGGUGCCCACUGUGACCAUGCAACGGGCCAGUGCCACUGCCCCCCCGGCUGGGAGGGCCCCCGCUGCGGCCAGGCGUGCCGGGAGAACAGGUACGGCGAGAACUGCAGCCAGACGUGCAACUGUUUCAAUAACGCUACCUGCAACCACGUCAGCGGCCGAUGUCUCUGUGCAGCCGGGUGGACGGGACCCACGUGCCAGCAAGAGUGCCCGGCAGGUUUCUACGGGAGGAGCUGCCGCCAGCGCUGCCUCUGCCAAAACGGUGGCACGUGUGACCCCGCCACAGGGCUCUGCGCUUGCCCCGAGGGGUGGACGGGGCUGGCCUGCGAGCUGGAGUGCGCGCAGGGACAGCACGGGGCAGACUGCCGGCAGCGCUGCGAGUGCCGUCACGGGGGGCUCUGCGACCGCCAGAAGGGCCACUGCCUCUGCCAGCCCGGCUGGACGGGCGAGAAGUGCGAGAGCCCUUGUCCAGAGGGGCUGUUUGGGUCACGCUGUGAAGAGCACUGCGACUGUGGGGACAACGUGUCGUGCCAUCACGUUACUGGUGCUUGCGAUUGCCCCCAUGGCUGGAGGGGCCGGCGCUGUGAGAAAGCCUGCCUGCCGGGUUCGUUCGGGAAGAACUGUGCCAGCCGCUGCGCCUGUCCCCUGGGAGUGCCUUGCGAUCACGUCACCGGCCGGUGCGGCUGCCCGCCGGGCUUUACAGGCUCUGGAUGUGAAAAACCCUGCCUGCCAGGGACCUUCGGUGAGGGCUGUGGUCAGAUCUGCCAGUGUGCCGGAGCCACCCAGGAGUGCCACCCCGUCACCGGGGAGUGCGUCUGCGCCCCUGGCUUCCACGGUCCCACCUGCCAGCUGGAGUGCUCUCCUGGGUGGUACGGCCAUAACUGCGAAAGGCCAUGCAAGUGCGAGAACGGGGGCCUGUGUGACAUUACCACAGGGAUGUGCCACUGCCCGGCUGGCUACAUCGGCGCUGACUGCAGUAUUGGAUGUCCUGCUGGUCGCUACGGCAAGGACUGUGCACGGGUGUGCUCCUGCGGGGACGGCGCUACCUGUCACCCCGACACCGGAGACUGCGUUUGCCCACCAGGAAGAGCUGGUCCCACCUGUGAGCAAGGCUGUGAGAAGCUCCGGUACGGGGUGGGCUGCCAGCAGACCUGCUCCUGCCGCAACGGGGGGCUGUGUGAUGCAGCCGAUGGCUCCUGUUCAUGUGCGCUCGGGUGGACAGGGAAAUCCUGUGAAUUAGAAUGCCCGCCGGGAAGGUACGGUGCCAACUGCCAGCUCCGCUGUGCCUGCCUGCACAACGCCACCUGCGACCCGGGGACGGGAGCCUGCCGCUGCUCCGCGGGCCACUACGGGCCCCUGUGCGAACACAGUUGUCCCCCGGGUUUCCAUGGAGCUGGCUGCCGGGAGCGCUGCGACUGUGAGCAGGGAGCAGGCUGUGACCCAGCCACCGGUCGCUGCCAGUGUCCCGCUGGGCUCCGCGGCGAGCGCUGUCAGACAGGCUGCAAGGAAGGAACGUACGGCGAGGGAUGCCAGCAGCUCUGCGACUGCGUCGGCGAUGCGCCCUGCGACCCAGCCACGGGGCGCUGCCUGUGUCCGCCGGGGAAAACCGGCCUCAAGUGCGGUUCAGACUGCCAGCCGACCAAGUACGGCCCGGACUGCAGCCUGGCCUGCCAGUGUGCCCCCAGCAACUCCUACUGUAACGCUCAGAACGGCCAGUGCCUCUGUCUGAACGGGUACCUGGGACCGACGUGUCGGGAAGGUAAUGUACAGGCACAGUGCCGCAGUGAGUACCACUGGAUGCACACGGUGGGGGAAGCCUAA